UACAACCGUGUCAGUCUGUGGAAGAGAUGAAACAACCCUGAAAGACUCAAAGUGUCCUCUUUUGGAGCUUUGCGGGUGAUCAUGAUGGAAAAGUGUCUGUGGUGCACCACGGCCCUGGAGGCGGAGGGAGAUGUGGCGAUCGUCGACAUGUUGCGACGCUACAGUUUAGGGAAGCUGUCUGAGAGGGUGAUGAAGUCUCUGAAUGAAGACCUCAGCUACUGCAUGGAGUGUGUGGUGGAGUAUCAUCGAGCCAGAGACAAGGUCCCCGAUCUGCGCAAGCGUUUGUGGGAAAUGGAAAAGGCUCGACUCCUGAAUGUGUUGAAAUCUAAUCUGGACAAGGAGCUGGAAGAGGAUGAUCUAUUUAUCAUUGAAGAUGAUCACGCGAAGCCGGUGUCCAUGAUCGCAGAAUUCCAUGACAGUCUCCGCUGCCCACUGUUUGAAGUUCUGAAGUAUCCGUACCUGCUUUGCUACCGUGAUCUGUGUGAUAUGGUGGUAAAGGCCUUAUGCGUGUUGCAGGAUAUGAAUAAGUCCUUAACUGUGUUUGAAAAGUAUCAAGGAACAUAUUUGCUUCUUGUUCAUCCCAAUGAACAGGUGCGGCGUUGGGCAAUCGAUGCUGCAAAGACCAUGAAGAGCGUGGACAGGGACGCCUACUAUGACCUUCAAGAUAUAUUCUUUUGCAUGUUUUAUGUCAUUGAGCUUGGAAUAUCUUUGGAUGUUCCAGACUUGGAUCCUGGGUCUUACGCAGGGGGCACUAUAUCAAUGCUGCCGUCUCACCUCUAUGAUUCGCAAAAUAAGAAGAAUUACUGGCUAGGCAUCUGUAUGUUGCUAACGCAGCUUAGCGCUGAGGCAAUGGACUCUCUGUUCACGGGAGAGUUUAACAUCCCGCUUUGCAUACUUAACACCAUGGAUAAGCUGAAAAAUGAGGAUAACCCAGCUUCCGACCCAUUCUGGCCAGCCCUCCACUGUUUUAUGGUAAUUCUGGACCGACUUGGUUCUAAGAUCUGGGGUCAGGUUGACCCUAGUAUGGCUUUCCAGACCAUCACUGGAGCAACCAGCUAUGAUAUGGAAAUAAGAAGCAUCCAGCAAAAAACCAUGGGGAGUAUGGUUAAAGUAGAGCCUGAAUAUGAUGACAAUAUGGUGACUUGCAGUCAGAUGGUGUACGACUGUUAUGCCUCAGAAAAACCGAACCAAGCAUCUGGUUCGUCAUCCAACAGUGGCAUUUGCUGCAACUAUGUGAUCUAUGAGGAUAUGCAGUCUUUGGUCAAAGUGCUUGAUUCUGAGAUGGGCCAGAGCAUGCGUGUAUAUGGAAGCACUUUUCUGUGGUUCAUUCCAUUUGUCCGUUCCAUAAUGGAACUUCCAGAGCUCAAUGCCUCCUUUAUUAGUGAAGUCAUUCACUAUCUUUGUGAUAAGAUUCUAGCUAAUCGACAUGUACUGACCGGACAGACAAGCAUGUGCGAUAAAGUAACCGAGUUCUUCACCCGCAUCCUCAUUCAAAUUGUUGAGCUACACUCUACAGAAGGACGCAUGGGAAUACUUACUCGCUGUGCCCCAAAGUGGGUGGAAGUGAUUGUCAUGUGCAUCGUCCUAUCGGAUGAACCACAUGGACCACCAGACAAGAUGGGUGGGAUUCACAGCGUCAGUUCAACCUCGUACAAUCUGGGGAUAGUAGGAAGACUGCCUACGUCUGGAGGUGGCAUUGGUGCCAUGAUUCUAGGCUGCAUGACACUGAUUCGACUGCUGCUGAAAGAAGGUAUAAAGACGGGAUCUGUCCCACGUGCAACCCAUUUUUUGAAUUUGCUUAACAAGCAGCUGCGUGGAGCUACAAACAAACGAUGGAAUUUAAAACAUUCUGAAUCUAUAGAGCUUCAAAAGUGUUUAAAAAAUGUUGUCCGGUCGAUGCAAGAAAAAACUGCUUCUGCAUCCUCUGUUGUUCCAUCACCAUCUACAUCAUCAGUGGAGGCAACUACAAACACUGUUAUUUCCAGAAAAGCUAUGCCAACCCUGCAACAACAACAUGAGGACCAGGAGGCGGGUCCGAGCAGAGCCCGUGGCUCCUCUCUUAUUAAAGAGGAGCCACAUUUGAAUUAUGGCGAUUGCUUCUUGGAUGAGGAUUUCUGCAGCGGUCUUGAGAACAUCAUAAAGGCUAAAAAGGAACCUCCUGCCCCCGUGUUAAUUUCAGAGCUGAGACCUGCUGUUGAGUUGGAACAUAUUAAACCAGAUCUGGAUAAGGUGCAGGAAAUUCGAUCCAAAUUAAAUAACCAGAAUUUGUCAAAGAUCGAAGCCAUUACCAUAAGAAAGCCUGGUGAAUCCUUAAAACCUGUUCAUUUGGCAUCAGCUAAGGAGAAACGUGGUGUUCAAGCUACUGAGGAGGAUGCAGAUGAUGAUGAACCCCUCAAUGUUAGACUAGCCCAAUUGAUAAAAUCUGCUCGCUACAAGGUUGAGUCUAGUGAGACUGAAGUUGACUCAAAGAAAAACAUAGAGUCCAGUACCAUUGUUAUCUCUGAUGAUGAAGAUUCUGAUAAUGCUGAAAGGCUAAAAGACAUCAGUUGGCCUGUUGAAAAGGAAUGUGCCACGAAAAAUAAAUCUACAGAACAUCCUGAUUUGCCUGAGAGUCCAGGGCGUGAUUAUGAUGAUCUCAGUGAAUCACAAGUGUUUGAGUUUGAGACCCAGCAAUAUAUGGCAUCUGCCUGGAAUGAUUCGGCUUUUGAUGCAUCAGUUUUGACAAAGAAAUCGGACCAAAUACUCAAACCACAGGUGGAAGAAGCUCCUCAUGAAGCAUCUCCCUCACUGAGUUCAGAGAAUGUAAUGAUUCCAGAUGAGGCAUGUCAGCAAGCAGAAGAUAAGAUCAGACAACCGCAGCAGUCACAAGAGCCAGCGGAUCCAUGUGAAUUGUCCAAAGCAUCCAGUAAUGCAGAAAGCUGGGAUAAAUUUGUCAAACCAAAACCUCUGCAGGUUAAAAGCACAAAAACCAUUCCAUCUGAGAAGAGAGACAAGUCCAAGCCUAAAAAGCCAUUGAUAAUUGAUGCCCUUGCUCAAAAAGUCAGACGCCACCACUUGAAACGCAACUCCAUAUCUAUGGACGUAGAAGAACCUUCCUCGUCAACUACUCCAUCCUCAUCUGGUAUUCAGUCUUCCUCUCCAUCCUCCAGCUCCGUUUCCUCUUCUUAUUUUUCUGCUUCCACCUCACGUGGCACCCCUGCCAUUGUUCCUCCAAAGAAGGUGCGUAAAGUUGUUGAGCCAGAAUCAACAGCGGAGCGUUUGGGAUUAAAAAAGAAGGAAAGAAAAGCCUUUGAUCUUUCUCAGCGUUCACUAGAUUGUGUGGCUAAACUGAGGUGCCAUGGCCAGAAAUUGCAGGUAGAACCACAACAGAAGAUAAGGCGAGUGUGUCGGACCAAUAAGACCUCUCCGCAAAAACGUAUGGUAAAAAGCAACAAGAAACUUAUGGGAUCUCAAGAUUUUCAGUUUUUCAAGCAAAGUCGUGAGAAGCAUCAGAGGCCAGCAACAGGAGCUGUCACAACAUUUGCUCAAAAACCAGCAAAGACAAAUCAGCCAGGUGAAGUGCCCUUACCAAAACCUACAGCUGCAAGCAAUGGGAAUAGUGAUUUGUUUCCCUGGUUUCAACCAGAUCCUGAUCAGCAGCAGGAUAAUGAAAAGACUACAUCAGAAUCCAGGGAUUCUAGAGGUGAUGGGGUUGGAAGUAAUAGGACAAUAAUAGAGUCCAAGUACUUUCAAGCCAGUGAGCCUGCUAAUGUCAACAUGGAAGAAGAAAAAGCCACCCAGGCAUCCAAAGAGGACUUUGAUGAAGAAUGGAUGUCGCUCACUCAGAUGGGACCCACUGACAUGGAACUGUGCUCUCAAAUGGAGGAGUUUGAGGAUGAAAAUGAAGAACUCUUUCUGACCCAGAGAGAUCCUGUUGACAUGGACCUUGAUUCAGAUAGUGAGUCAGAUUUCCCCAAGCAGCCAGUGUUGACGCAUAAACCUUUUCAGACUCCUCAUGCCCCUCUUCCGAGUACCAUCUGUAAUGAAAAAGUUGCUGAUCAUUUGUUCUCGAAGCCUGCCCUGCCACCAAUGAAAAAGGCCAAACCUUCUACCACAAAAAUAUACAACCCCAGCUCCCGCAGUGCCUCGCUAGUCCUUGAAAUGGAAAAAGGAGCUAAGCCUCCUCCUGCUGCUAAUGUUGCUAAAGCGAAGAUUCCCAGACUGCCCCCAGCUAUGCCACCCCCCAAAACAUUACAGCCUGUGACGCCUCCACAAUUCACAAAGCCAUUUCCUUCACAACAAACUCCUCUGCUUCUGAGCUAUGCUCCCAGGUUGGUCACUAGUACUAAAAUAAGCUCUACUUCAGAGCCACCAUCUUACAAGGUAUACCAAAGGCCUGAGACUCCAGUUAACAAACCAGCACCCACGAUGGAUCAAAGCCCAAAGUUUGACCUUUCAAUCUUGACCCAAGCAAUCCUUAAAUGGGAAUAUAGAAUGCUUGACAAUUACAAAACAUUUGGGAGUCCAAAUGAUCUAUGCCAACUGCCGCUGAAGGAGGUGCCAGUUAAGUUCCAUAGCUACCUGGAGUACUUCAACAGCUUGUACCCCCUGCUGCUAAUUAAUGCAUUUGAAGAGAUGGCUAGUGAAUGGCUCAGAGAGGGCAGGGUCAAGCUUAACCUAAGGGUCCAGGGUAUAGAAUACAGUAAUUCCACGGCUAGUGCCAGCUUCACAGUGGGAAUUUCUCAGGAAAGUGACAUGAAGCAACUGUACCCAAAAGAAGAUGACCUUGUCCUGCUUUGGCUGCCAGACAACAGUGGGGCGUAUGCCCACGAUGAACCACAUUUCCAUGAACCACAUCCUCAUUUCGGUUGUGUGUCCCGGUCCAUUGUUUCCAGAGGUCCAGGUUCCAUGUCAACCCUAAACUUGACAAUUCAGACCCUUGGUAAUGUGUCUUCGGUGAAUGCCCAACCUGUGCGCUGUGAAGUUAUUGGAUCUUUGAUCAGCAUAUUCCGGGAGUUUCGUGCACUAUGUUUGCUGCAAAAUGGACCGAUGUUGCGUCCUGUUCUUGCUCCACAUGUGUCUUAUUUCACACACACUCUGCAUAGCUCACCGGACCUGGACGCACCAGAGUACAACAGGGACCAGGCAAGAGCGAUAUCUUGUGGUCUUGCCAUGAUCGAGAGAACGCAGUCCUGUGGUCUUGCCAUGAUUGAGAGAACGCCGAAGCCCCCUAAAUUUCUCCUUAUUCAUGGUCCUCCAGGAACUGGAAAGAGUAAAACCAUUGGUGGCUUGUUGUACAAACUACUGUCUUCGGGUAAUGACAGUGUUGCUUCUGUGGGGAACCUUCACUCCAAGACUCGACGGACACGUGUUCUUCUCUGUGCACCCUCUAACGCUGCCAUCGAUAGUCUGAUGAAGAAAGUCAUUGUGAUCUUUAAAGAAAAAUGCAGAAACAUCAACGCUCCUCAAGGUAACUGUGGCGACAUAAACCUGGUAAGAUUGGGAAAUGAAAGAACCAUCUCGAAAUCACUAAAACCUUUCAGCCUCGACCACCAGACUAAAGCUAGAGCAAAGCGAGCCCAGCAAACUGCAGAAGCUGACGUACAAACGCGGAAGGAGCAGCUGGACCAGACUAUUGACAAUCUCUCCCAGCGAUGUGCAAAGACACCAAAGGAUUCUAUUGAUUUCAAGAAUUUGAUGGAGAGAAAGAGGCAGCUUCUGAAAGAGAGAGAAGUACUGAGUCGGCAGAUUAAAGAGAGUCGCAGUAGGCGACAAGAGAGUCAAGCAUUUGUGCUGCAGAAUGCUAAUGUGAUCUGCUGCACGCUCAGCACCAGUGGAAGUAUUGUCCUCGAGAAUGCAUUCCGUCGACUGGGACAUGAACCAUUUAACUGUGUCAUCAUCGAUGAGGCUAGUCAGGCUAAAGAAACUGAGACGCUGAUUCCCAUGCUUUACCGAUGUCCUUCCAUAAUCCUCGUUGGUGAUCCCAACCAGCUUCCACCAACCGUUGUCUCCCUGAAAGCAAAGGAGUUUGGCUAUGAUCAGUCUCUUAUGGCACGGUUAUGCAAAAAUCUUCAUCCAUCAAACCCACAACUCUCUCCCAUCCUCCUCCUCAGCGUGCAGUACCGCAUGCACCCUGAGAUCUGUGAAUUCCCCUCCAAGUACAUCUACAACAGUGCUCUUAAGAAUGACUGCGAGACCGCCAAGAAACGCUGUUCCUUCAGCUGGCCCUUCAAGCCCUACAAAGUGUUCGACGUGACGGAUGGGAGAGAGAUGAAGCAGAGAGAUUCAUUUAUCAACCCCAAAGAGGUCAGUUUGGUCUUGCUGCUGUUGAAGCUGCUGGGCGAGAAGCAGUCAGUGCGAGUGGGUGUCAUAACGCCCUACAACGCCCAGAAACAACGGAUACUGGAAGCCGUUAGGAGUUCAGGCGUCAACAAGCAACUUCAGGUGGAAGUAGAUACUGUCGAUGGCUUUCAGGGCAGAGAAAUGGACUGCGUCAUUGUGUCUUGUGUGAGAGCCAGCAGUGAAAUGGGUUCCAUCGGGUUUGUUGGAAAUCGGCAGAGGAUGAAUGUAACCAUUACCAGAGCCAGAUUUAGUCUCUUCAUACUGGGACAUCUACGCACACUCAGGGAACAAAGGGAUUGGGGAGAGUUGAUUGAGGACGCUGGGAGACGGGAAGCUAUAAUCAAAACCAUGCAAAGAGAUUUUGAAAGUGAUGUCAAGAAGAUUCUUAAACGUGAUCCGCCGACUCGCAGUCUCUCUCAUCCCCCUGUUGGGCAAUCAAGCACUGUGACCUCACCUGUUAUGCGAUCAAGCACUGUGACCUCACCUGUUUCACCUGUGCAGGCUCCCAUGGAAAUAGACCCUGCGCCACGCUCCAGCCGUGACAUGAGCAGCGUUCAGGCACAGCAGCCUAUGCCACGUCUAAUACCUUUGGAGUGCCUUAAAGACCCACGGAUAAAUGACAGGCCCACAGACCCACGCUUUCCAGAGCGGCAGCCAAUCAGAGAACCGGAACAGGGCAGGCAGGGCUUACCAGCGCCACGCCUCCCAACGCACAGAGCUAAUUCAUGUGACGCUGACUCUCAAAGUACCCGCCAAUCUUCCAGACACUCUUCAAAACAUCGCAGUUCCCCACCGCCUAGACGAUACCGGAGAUAAAUUAAUUAUCCCUGUUUUUAUUUUUCAUUAAAGCUUAACAGCAAUCCAUUGAGAGAGAUGUUUUUCCUCAUGUCCUCUUCUCCAUGUUUGAAAGCUCACAAAGGGUCUGUGUUAACUCUUUCUCAGGCAAUUCGCUUGAUGGCAGUGCUUGCCUAAUCUUGGACUCCUCGUAAUCAUCCUUUGCUGCUAAACACACAUUGAAUAUAGCUAUUUUAUUCAUGAAGAGGGAUGUUUUGUUCCUUACAACAGAUUUUGUUUUUUUGGGCCUUGAGCGUGUGUUCCAAAAAAAAAAUAUUAAUGCAAUAAUUGCACUUUCUUAAGAUGUUGGACUUGCUCAAAAAUAACCAAUUUUGGUGUAUCAUUCUGUAUAGUUUGUCACUUAUUUGAAUGUAGCUUUGAUUUAAGGUUUGUUGCAGGGAUGGAUUUGCUGUGCAAGUGUGUUGUGCAUGAAUGCAGUGCCAUUUGUUUCACUGGUUGUUUUAUACUGACUUUUAACAUACUGCAUGUGGUGAGUAGGUCUUUUCAGUUAAACCUGGAUUAUAUUUGAUUGAGCCAACUGUUAGAAUAGAUUAAUACAGGUAAUUUUGGUAACAACUGUAAUUAUUUAGGAGGAGUUAAAGAAGGCCAAGAACAGAACCAGGGGAAGACUUCCUUUACAUUUUAAUUUCAAAUGUAAAAUGCCAUGUUUUUGAAUUGUAAAUUAGUUAAGUUUGAAAUUGUACAGUUGAAGUAUGCUAGCCAGAUAACUGGAGACUGAGAGAUCGACCCGCUACUGUGGUGUUUUUCUUGAGUUUUAUCUUUUGUGUGACCAGUUUUACAAAAGUGUACGAAGAGGUCUUUGUUUUGUACGGAUGCACUUUUUGUAGACAGGAAAUUAAAAAAAGUCCCUUUUUUU